CCUGCCUCUCUGCCCUUUCAAGACCCCGUGGCUCACACCCAGAGGUCUCCUCGCAUCUUUUCCCAGUCCUUGAGCUUUCAGAGAUUCUCAGUAUAGUAGGACUCUGUUCCAGAAGCAAACACAUGGCCCACCUGAUCCAUGUGGGCUGUAAAAAUGAACAAUAUGACCCAGGAAGACAUGAGGCUCUGCAGUCCCCACGUCCGCAGCAGCUGAGAUAGGCUUAUACCUUGUCUGGAGCCGAUGCUCACCUCAUGCUCCACAGAACUGUAUGACCCACACGAUGCAGAAGAUGAACAACAGAGUGACACUGAGGAUGGCCACCUUCAGGCCUCCUGGCAUCUGGUCCGAGGAUGGCUGAGCAGCAGGGCGGGGAGCCUGAGUGCCCUGUCUGCUGUAACCCCUUCAGCAACACGUUCCACACCCCCAAAGUGCUGGACUGCGGCCACUCCUUCUGUGUGGAAUGCCUGGCCCGCCUCAGCCUGGUGACUCCAGCCCAGCGCCAGUUGAUGUGCCCACUCAGCCACUGUGCUGGCUUCGGACAGCCUGUCACUGACUUGCCCACAGAUACUGCCAAACUUACUUUGUUCCGCCUGGAGCCCCACCACAUCAUCCUGGAAGGCCAUCAGCUCUGUCUCAAGGACCAGCACAAGAGCUGCUACUUCCUGUGCCAGCUCCAGGUCUACACGCUGGACGUAGGCCCAGAAGAGAUAAGUAACUUACCUGAUAAAGAGUUUAGAAUGAUGUUAAAGAUAUUAAAGGGGCCGAAACCAGUUUGGCUCAGUGGACAG